UUCUCUUAUGUGUGCAGUGUAAAUGUUUUUUUUUUUUCUUGGUUUACUAUAAUAUUAACCUUGCUGCAGAGACUUGCUGUUCUGAUAUUUAAAACCAUACAUCCAUCCUCUGCAGUAGAUAACACUUAUCAUCUACUAUUUAGCUGGCAGUGCACUAUCCAGUUUAAACCUGAUAGGGCUGGUGAUGGAUUUCUUUGCAAGGUUGCGCAUAAAACCUUUGAAUCGACAAUACUGGUCUUUAGUCUUUUUUUUUUUUUUUUUUUUUUUUCCUUUCUUUUUUUUCUUCUCAGCAGUGACACCCACAGUCUCACUUCUCAAGCUUCAACAUACAAUUACAAAGUUUGUUUUACUGCCUUCUUUUUUUUAAUUUUUUUUACUUUGUGUACAAAAUUUUUCCAUCCAUACUCUUCAACCUCUUUUGGACCCUUGAGAGCUGAACAUGAUGUGCCUUAGUCUAAAAAACACAUGCUAUAGAUGCAGAGAUGAUGGUAUUUGGUACUCACUCCGACAGUAGUGAGGUUUUAGAUGGUCAGUCUUUAGGCUGCUUUACUGUAGGAUCAUAUUUUAUGGUCUCAUAUCAGGCCAUAUUCUGCUGAUCCAGUUAUAAAAACCCCUGACUAUGUGGAUGUGCUUGUAAUGAGCUCACUAUCGGAUUUUUAUCUUGGCGCCUUCUACAUUUCUGUCCUUUUAAAGUGCAAAUGGUCCCUCUAGCUGUUCCCCUGGCCUAUGUGAGGGUAUUGAUUAAGCCCCCCAUCUUCAUUUGUCGAUCACUCUGACAGCCAAACGGCCUUGUGCUGGGAAAGAAAGUUUCAUUCCUGUCAGUAAUCUCAACAUUGUAGCACACAAACUGCAGGACUGGGACCAUAAUGGCUAGUACAACUUCUACAGUGGUACAGAUGUGCUCUGCAACUUUUGUUGGAACCCAGAAUACCCACAUUCAUAAGGUCACUGAAUAGUUUAAUGGAAAUAAUGUGACUUUCAUAGUCACAGUUAAGAUCUCAACCCAGUUGAAUACCUAUUUGAGAUUUUGGAACAAUAUCUAAGUCUUCACUGUUGUCAUCAAAACCUCAAAUUAGGUCAUAUUUUUUUGGCACUCCAUCCUUUGUGCACAGCUCCAGAGACUUGAAGAGGCAAUGCCAAGGCACAUUAAAACUGUUGUGGCGGCAUUUGGGACCCCUCACUGAGAAAUUUAUGCUGGGGGUUCCUUUAAUUGUCACGUUUCUGUAGUCAUAUAAUAACAAUUCUGCUACACACAAUUGAUGCUGUUGAUUAAUAUAGCUGUUAAAAACUUCCUUGUAUCCACUAGUGCAUGACUGCUCUGUUUUAAUGUGUCAACAUUUUCUUCAUUUCAAGCACAAGCUCUACUUUGUGCAUACUGUUUGCAUCUACUAUAAGACUUAGCCAGUCCAGAGCUGGACUAUGAUUAUAUACUGAACAUGCCUUUUGUUAACGCAGCAAAACUGAAGAAUAUCUGUCUUGUUUUAAACCAUUUGACAGUGUUUAGCGGACUGAGUUAUUUCCUGGUAAAGCUAAAGAUGGUUGACUGAAAGAGAAAGAGAAAAUGUAAAUGUAUUGUAAAUGUUUAAUUUAAGCAUGCAUUACAGACGUUCUAAGAAUAUGUGCUAUUCAGAUUUGUAACUGGAGUUCAAUGAUUUAUUUAUUUAUUUAUUUUAUGAAUUUUUAGUGACCCUUUUAGUUUGAUAAAUGAAGUUGGAUAAUGUGUUACUUGUAAGAUCCUUUCAAAUGAUACGUCAUGUGCAUAUGGAAAAUGACAGCAUACAUCCCAUCCCCGGGGGACUUCACGUUUAAAGAAACCAAACACAGUUAUACAUUAAUGCUAAAUAAAGAAAAUGUUGUGUAGUGUUCAGGAGUCCAUGGUCUAGUAAAAACAAUCUGUUCCUCAUUAGUAGUACUUACUUAUAGUAUUACUUAUAGUGCAGUAGUGAUUGUAUGAAAACUUCCAUAUACAGAUAUGAGCCCCCCCCUCGAGGUAAAACUGCUGCUUGGCUUCCAAAGCCGUCAUCUUCAGUGGUGUCACUCAUCUUAUCUUUAGAGUCAUUAUGCCAAAGUAGCUCAGCAGGUAGAUGGGUUCAUAGUGGCUUUUUCAGAAAAAUGUGUGACUAGACAGUACAGAAAGAAUGCAUCCAGAGGCAUUUGCAUAUUUUUCCAGCAUAUUGAUGUGGAUCACUUGUGUUUGCCACAAUUGUGUGUGUUAAAAUUGAACUUUAGACCUAAAAUUUCAUGUUCCCUUGUUCUUUGUAAGGCAGACACAGAUAUCAUUGUUUAGUUCUGUGUGCAGGCGGUCAUUAUAGUCUAGCACCCUCUAAUUUUGCCUUUGGACUCAGCACAAGGCUACUGAGAUGUAGAGAGAUGCUGCAAGGGUCCUUAACUGGUGUGGUUUUCAUAAAGCCUUUGUUAGAGAGUACUUGAACAUGCCCGGUGGUUUGUUCUUCUCUGUGCAUACACAUAUAGUCUGUGUUUGCUUGACUGUGUGUGUGCGUGUGUGUGUUUAUGUUUUGUGUGCGUGCAACACUCAGCCACUCAUUACUGUCCAGCUCUUAGUAUUCUUUCCUGUGGAACAACAAUCAGAGGCUUUUAGUGCAAAAGCUUUGGUGAAUAAUUCAGGGCUGAUAUUAUUUGCUGCGGUGAGCAGAAACAAGACGGGCCACUAAACGACAUAAAUGGAUUUCUUCUAUGAGAUCUCACAGGGAGGGGAAGAGGAGAGGUGUUGGUUGCAGUGAUAGACGAAGGUCCAAAUGGUGAGGGGAGGGAUGCACUCGCUUAUUCACUAAUUGGUUUAGACGUUUCCUAGUAAGACACUCCCAGUUUGGGUGGACCUGCUCCAUCGCUGUCUGCAGUGUGUGUUUAUAAGAGCAGACUGGCACUCCAUAACCUCGCUCAUGAGCCGACCUUCAAGAAAUCGGAUCACCAAACCGCCAGCGGCAGGCAGCGGUGUUCGGAAGAGCAGCAGCAGCGGCAGUGGCAAGAUGCUGUCUAUGUCAUACAGCGAGAGCAUCCGGAGCGGGAUCAACCGCUACCACUCGGACCAAGGGCUGAAUCAGCCACCGGUCAGGCCCACUGAUCAGGCCGAGCUGCAGAGACUCCGGGAACAGAGGGUCGCCGCUCAGAUUAAGAACAUGGAAGACUUCCUGAAGAUGAAUGGCCUUGCCCUGGAGGAGUGUGUGUCCUAUCAGACAGGCAUGAAGUACAGAAACCUCGGGAAGUCGGGCUUGCGGGUAUCCUGCCUUGGAUUAGGAACAUGGGUGACGUUUGGUGGACAGAUAACAGAUGAGAUGGCAGAGCAGCUGAUGACUCUGGCCUAUGAAAAUGGCAUCAAUCUGUUUGACACAGCGGAGGUCUACGCUGCUGGCAAGGCAGAGGUGGUGCUCGGAAACAUCAUAAAGAAGAAAGGAUGGAGACGUUCGAGUUUGGUGAUAACAACAAAGAUCUUCUGGGGUGGAAAAGCGGAAACUGAAAGAGGUUUAUCCCGAAAACACAUUAUAGAAGGUUUAAAAGCCUCUUUAGAAAGACUGCAGUUAGACUACGUGGAUGUGGUUUUCGCGAACAGACCGGACCCUAAUACACCAAUGGAAGAAACGGUUCGAGCAAUGACCCAUGUGAUAAACCAAGGCAUGGCCAUGUACUGGGGGACAUCCCGCUGGAGCCCGAUGGAAAUAAUGGAAGCGUACUCUGUUGCGAGACAGUUCAACCAGAUUCCCCCCAUCUGCGAGCAGGCAGAGUACCACAUGUUCCAGAGAGAGAAAGUGGAGGUGCAGCUACCUGAGCUGUUCCAUAAGAUAGGUGUGGGGGCCAUGACGUGGUCUCCGCUGGCCUGUGGGAUCAUCUCAGGGAAAUACGAUGGCAGGGUCCCUCCCUACUCGCGGGCCUCCCUUAAGGGCUACCAGUGGUUGAAGGACAAGAUCUUGAGCGAGGAGGGCCGGCGUCAGCAGGCGAAGUUGAAAGAGCUGCAGGCAAUCGCGGAGCGGCUGGGCUGCACUCUGCCCCAACUCGCCAUCGCGUGGUGCCUACGGAACGAGGGGGUGAGCUCUGUCCUUUUAGGGGCGUCCAACACCGACCAGCUGAUGGAGAACAUAGGAGCGAUCCAGGUUCUUCCAAAGUUGUCGUCAUCCAUCACACACGAGGUGGACAGCAUCCUGGGGAACAAGCCGUACAGUAAAAAGGACUACCGCUCCUAACGCGUGGCACGGCCCCGCCCGGCAGGGCUGCACCCGGCCUGCAGCCGCAGUGCCCCACCUUUGCCUGAUCCUCUGUUUGCUUGAGCUUUUACUGAGUGAGACCCUGGCGCAUGAGUCUGGCCACACCAAGGCCACGCAGGGCACCUCAUUUAGAGUUACAGGGAUAAGAUAAGAAAAGGGGGAAAAAAUACAGUCACCUCCACUGGAAAUGACAGGAUUGACAAAGAAAGACACAAACAUGGAAAAAGAGAGGUUAGAGAUAUGCGCUCAUAUUUAAAUUAGUUAUACAUUCAAUUCAGCUGAACGUAUUUUAAAACUAUAGAGAAAAAUACAUUUAUUAAAAAAAUAAAAUAAGCACACGCUUGCUUGGCAGCCAGAUUUUUUUUUUCCUUUCUAUUUUUUUUUUCUCUUUUUAAAACCGAAUACAACUAAAAGGAAGAUGAAAUUCAUGCUGUAUGAAUACACGAGAACUAUUGUUGCACAUGUACCAUAGCCAUGCAUUCGUUGUUUGGACGUUCUGUUUACAAACACCUGUGUACUGUCCAAAUCCGUCAAGAUUUCUCUGAAAGUGUUGUCGACAUUACCAGAGCCUCCUCACGGGCUUCAAUCAGCACUUUAGUACGGUCAGUAAAGGUGUUGGAAGGCAGUUUCAAAGAGGAGAGAGGAUGGGUAUUACAACAGUCUCAUCUCACAGCCAUUGCACUAUAGAAUCACAUCGCCUCUUCAUAAUUCCCUCUCUUCAUCCUCUGUUUCUUCACUGGCAGUGUGUUUGUCCAGCCUAAUGCUCCGAUGCUCCUCCUGUGUAAGCGUGGCUCUGACGUUCUGAAGUCAUCAGGGCUUCCGUCCUUACAGUGAACCACCCGCCAUGAUGGAGCUUAGGAGCCAGGCUGAUGUGUCUGGGCAACUUGUGUGCCACUGAAGAGAUGGGCAGUUUAUUCCUCCCUAACAGCAGGAACUGCAGUCGUGUUAUAUCAAACGCAGCGGCCUGCUUCACUGUGCUUCCCGGCCGCUUUUCUCGCUUUUUUCAGGCUGAGGAUUUUGGCGUGCAGGGAACGUUCAUAUCAGUGUUGGCUCAACAUCUCAUGGAAACUUCUCCUCAAUCAAAUUCAGUUCAAGUAUUUUGCCUUAUUUAGAGUUGCAUCAAACUGUGCUUUGGGCUUGUAGACGAGCAGCUCGACAGCUGCCUCUCUGCGCUGGUCAUGUGUCCCCGGUAUAAACUGGACCGCUGAGUGGUGGAAGUGGUGUUUGUUGCUCCCUGACUGGGGGGAAAGGAGUCGUGUGUCUGGUUAAUCGGUGAGUGGCAGCAGCUCAGGGAACGGAGCAGGCAGUUUCAGUCGUGUGUUGGCGUGCACAAAGUCAGGAGGUUGUAUUUAGUUAUCUUUUUCGUCUCAUGUGUGGACACUUUAGUGUGGCUUGAGCCAAAGAUCUUCUUCUUCUUUUCUUUCUUUCUUUGAGAAAACAACCCAACGUUUCACUAUUACAAGAUUAUAGAAAUCAUCUUGACGCAUGUGCUGUCCAGCUUGUAAUCUAUCUAUGGUAUGGAUUUUACUCCAUAAUAUAUCUUUACUUGACCGAGCUGUUACACUAGUUAACAAGUAUGUCCUUCAUAUACAGAAUGCGUAGUACAACUAAGUGCUUUAGGAUCAGUAAGGUUUGUUUCAGGCGGCAGACGCCCCGAGACGCGUCAGAAGUAUUAUUGCAAACAUUUUGACAACGCCCUGUAUCAUUUGUUGUCCUUUGGGUGCUCUCUUACUGUGAUUAAAGCACAAGUGGAAAGCAUGUUACAUCUUCUAAGCAUGGACCCUCUUCACCCAGCCUACAGUACCUAUGGGACAAACAAGGUGAUGCUUUUCAAGCUUACCAACACGUGUAGAUAACAAGUCUUUACUAACAGUUGAUAAACUGUUGAUUCUUAGAGGGAAAAAACAAGUGCAAAUUAACAUAACUUAUAUAAGUGUGAAUGAUAUGAAUGAGGUGAAGCUGCUCAGCUAGAGUGGAGGGGAUAAACAUCACUGUGUGGGGUUUGUGUGGAUGAGGUUUUGCUUGAGUAUUACUCCUAAAUAACAGCAAAGUGAUUCAAGAUCUGCUGUUGGGGGGUGUGUGUGUGUGUGUGUGUGUGUGUGUGUGUGCGUGCGUGUGUGUGUGCGUGCGUGCGAGAGAGAGAGAGUGUGAGAGUGUGUGAGUGAGUUCAGGUGUGAGGGAUUGGGGGACAACUGAACCAAUCCCGUGCUGUUGUAUUAGUUGAUCCCUGAAUACGGCUGAUUUGCCGUGUCUCUUGUAAGUCUGAGUAAAUAAUAACAGGCACAAGCUGAUGCUGUUUUCUCAGAAUUAAAAAAAAAAAAAAAAAGAAGAUAAGAACAUUUUGUUCAUUAGUCUGUGGAGUUUCUGUGUCUUAAUAUUUCCAUCUGCAGGGAGCGGAGAAGAAGUCUGAGAUUUAAAAGGUUGAGUCUGACAUUUUGGGAAAUGUGCUUUUUUCUCACCCAAAAUUACAAAAGGUCUGAUACUGAACUGAUAUUAGCUCAACACACAGACUGGAAACCAGAAGACACUCAUUUUCUCUUCUGUACAGAACAUAUUAGCCAUUCAUUAUUAAGCUUUACAGAUAAGGGUAGUCAGAGGGUUUUAGCCUCGUUCAUAUGUUCGUACUGUGUUCACCAAGGACUGUCUGAUUGAGAUAUUGUAAGGAUAACUUUUCAGACUCUCAGUUGGGAACCUGGUUUAUUUAACACAUAAUCGGGUGUUUGAGUGUGCAGUCAAGUCCGUGCUGUGUGUGCACUUUCAUCCUGUGCUCUCCCUUUCACCAUCUGUGUGGGUGCAUCUCUGCUCUGCUGGAUAAACGGACACAUGGAGGGGAGCAGAGAAAAGGGGAGACAGGUGAAGUGACGGUAUCGUUACCUGAGUCGAGGACGGCUCGGCGCUCCCGUGGCAGCGAGGACCGUGCCGUUUCUCCAUCCACGUAACAAAUAAUUUAAGGCUGCAGUGGCAAGGCGUGACACGCUUAUUUUCAGGAAUCAUUUCUUUUCUAAAUGUAUUAUUGAUGAUGAGAAAAGCAGUUUGGCUGUUUCCAGUCUCUGUGCUCUAAGGCGACGUCAUAUUUAGCAGCAAAUAUGCCGACGUGGCAUAUUUCCCCCCCUAAAGAUGUCAGACUUUCCCUUUGAACUUUAUCGCUGUGCAUUUAGUUUGACCAUCAGUUGUGUCCCAGCGUGCCGACCCGCUCGACACAGAUGCUGUGUCGUAACGAGCUUCACGUGCACAACGUAGAAAUAACUGAAACUUUUGAAGCUUGUGUGUAUUUGUCUGGUGCCCUCACCCAUGUAGGAGAAAAUAAUGCUUUAAGAGGUCCUAGUUUCAUCAUAUUUGCUGUUCUAACAUGUUAACGACUAGUUCACAAAUGAAACAGACCCACAGAUGAAUAGAGCUUAUUUUACAGAAGGUUCUAGGUUAUACAGAGAAUAUAUUUUUAUGUUCUAGCCUUUAAUGCAGUAGAGAGAAUUAAGAGAACUGUUUUUAUUUUUGUCAUCAUGCUGCAUUUUUCCUAUCUGUAUUGUAUUGAUUUGAAGACUGACAAAAAGAAGCAAUCUUUGUGUUGUGUGUGCAUUAUGAUGCUCAAAUGCAACAGUGUGUGGAAUUCAUCCUGAAGACGACGUAUUGAGAGCUUGGUAUCUCCUGUACAUACUCUGACCUUUGUAUAUAUUUCUGGUUGUGAUCACCUUUGCCUUUUUUCAUUUUGAUUUCAUUUUGCAGGCGUUGCUAUCUGCACUGUGCUUGAAUCUGAGAUUUAGACAGGAUGUACAGCUUAUGAUCUUCAAUGAAAAUGAAUUAAUGAUAAAAAUAAGAAUGGUUAAAAACCA